AUGACGGAGGCCAGUGCCCUGGGUUACCACAUCUCUGAUUCAGGCUCCAGGAUCAUCCUCCGCUGCCCCUACUCCUCAUCCCUCCUACACCAUCAAGAUGAGGCGACAGUGGAUGGUUCCCACCUGCUCUGGCCUGUCCCCCAUGUCCUCUACCCCCUGGUCCAUGUGCGGUUCAGGGACAUGGGCAUGAGGAUAGGGGUGGAGACGUUUGCCCUGAGUGAGUGUGUGAUCAAUGAGAGGGGGCAUGAUGAUAGAGGGGCCAUUGAGACUGCGUGUCGGGAUCGAUACCUGUUGGUAACAACCCAACUCUCAUUCGCUGGGAAUGAACCUCGCUUUGAAGCGGUUGAUGCUGAUGGUGUUCACCCCAUCACUAAGCAGUAUGGGUCAGUGUGUGGCUACAUGUUCAGUAUCCUCCCUCUGCCUGGCCAUGCUGAACUCAGAGCCUCCUACUUCUCCUGCCACACUGACAACCAGGAUGAUGAGGUGUUCACUUUUAGCUUUAACUUGAUCACAAUUGAUGCGAAUGGAGUGGAAACCACCUACACUGUGAAUGCAAACUGCUCCCUCCCUUUACCCUGGUCCACCAGAGAAGUCAGCUGUGAGGAGAACUAUAUGGAGGCCCACAGCUCUGCCACGUCUACCUGGCAGGUGAUGUUCCAGCACGAUGGGCAGCAGCUGACUCCCAUGUCCCUCUCAGAGGCUCGGGAGCUGGGCUACGUGUUCUACCUCACCCAGGGGAGGCUGGUGUUCCGUUCACCCUACACGCCAGGCUCUGUCAUGGGGUCUGUCACCAUGGUGAAUGGUAUGUUGGUUGAGAUGGUCUAUCCAAUACUGGUCUCCAGGCAGAGAUGGUUGGUCAUCAUGGUGAACUUGGCGGUUGCUUGCAGCACUGAUGAAGGAAUGUAUGAUGGGGUGGGGCUGGUCUGGCAGACCCCCACUCUGCUGUCCCCGCUGGUGUCUGGCCUCUCUGGGUUGGAGAGCAGCAAGAUCUCAAUGGGGGUGGAUGGUCAGCUCCUGGAUAAGCCCAUCACAGCAGAGCGAGGCUACAGCAUGGACAUCAGUGACACCACUGUCCAGAUCAGCAUCCCCUUCAACGCUGCCGGAGGAUACAGGAAAAGCUUUGUGAUGGACAACAUGUACCAUGAGUUCUACGUGGUCCGUCUCUACUAUGAACAAACCUUUCUUGAUGACUCCGGUGCCGAGACCAGACUCCGCCUCCACAGGCCCAUGAUCACACCCCUUCUGAUCCAGCACACCUCCAUCAUUAACCAAACAGUCCUUGAGGAUCGUGUGUUUACUGUUUACCUGGGGAACCUCUCCUACGAUGUUGACCUGGUGGCUGUGAAGCUCAAUGGUCACAACUUCACCAUACUAGAGGCGAAUAAAAGUGGCCUCGUCAUAACCAUGGUCCCCCAGCCCAAUAGUAACCUACAUGCCUACAUUCUCAGGGUGCCAUUUGACGCCGUUAUUCACAAGCUGUACCCUACAGAGGGGCUUCUUGAGUACUCGUUGGACAUCAACUACACGUUGGUAAUCCUGCCUCAGGAGGAGCCCUACUACUACCUGGCCUCAGUCGUGGCUCAGUUCAAUGAUGUCUUUCCUCCGGUCUUCAAAGGCAUCUGCAAAGAGAAAAGCAUCCAUUUCCAGAUGGACCAUAAGCCAUUUGACUACCUGUGGGAGGUGGGUGUUGGCCCAUACCUUCUGACCACAAAUCUGGCAGCCAAGCGUGGAUACAUCAUGCAGAAUGACAGCAAGAGUCUGACCCUGGAAGUGCCCCUCUUCACUGUUGGCUACACUUAUAAGGACAUCAAUUUGAAGCAGUUCCGUGGCACUUUUGAAAUUCUCUCAAGGGUUCCAAAGACCUUGGCGGUCAAGAGCUCCUUGGCCAAAGCGUGUCUCUUCCAGACUACUGAGGUCAUAGUGUGUUCCACUGAAGGUGUGAUGACAGUGGUGUCUGUGAUUUUGGCCAUCCCUGGAUCUGAACCCAGCAGAACCUCCCUCCUGGACUCCACCUGCAGGCCCCAAGAGAUGGAUGACACCAGGGUUCUCUUUAGCUUUAGACUCGACACCUGUGGAACCAGGGUCAAGUUUGAUUACCAGCACCUUACCUAUGAAAAUGAGAUAACCGUUGAGCACACAAGCCAAUCUGUGGAAGCACCAGUCUCAACCAGUCUGAUUCGUAUGGAAUCGUCAGGAAAAGAGAGCGCUCUAAACAGUACAUUCAGAUUAUAUAGUCAACUAGCAAACUACCUCCAUGAAACGUCCCUCUGUGAGCCUGGGCCAGACCGGCCACCCCAGAUGGGAGAGAAGAGGACACUGUCCACAGUGAGAGAGAUAUGGGAGAGGAGCUGUGAUGGUCUUGACCCCGAGCAGCAGGAACAGCUGUUGCUGUUGGAAUUCAGAGACAGCUUUGCUCUGAGUGAAGAGGAGGUGGGUCAGAUUCUGGUGCAGCACGAGGGGAUGCUCGGCCCAUCAAGAUGCAUCCCAGCCAUAUCCCACUGGCACACCAGGAGGCAGCAGACAAGGCCGUUGGAGAUGCAGUGGGCAGACUUCAUUGAGCCCUCAGGCAGCCCCUGGGCGGCACCAAUAGUCAUGAUUCCUAAGAAGGGGGAUAAGCUGAGGUUUUGUGCGGCUGAAUGCGAGCCAAGACUGCUUUCGCCCACCAACAGAGGGCACUGGCAGUUCAAGGUCCUGUGCUUCGGCUUGCUCAACGCUCCAGCUACUUUUGGGCAGUUGAUUGAUAGGGUGCUGGCUGGCAUUCCCCGACAGGAGUGUCUGGUCUACCUCGACGACAUCCUGGCCCAUGGCAGCUCCUUCCAGUCUGUCCUGGGGGCGCUAUGGAGUGUUGGAAAGGGUGGCUGCCGCAGGCCUGAAGUGCCACCCUGA